GACAUCAAGUAUCGGCAGUGUGCUUUCUCGAGUUUCAAUUUAUAAUGUUCUAAUUAUCUGGAGCAUUUUUAUCGAUGAAUUUAAUACUUACGGAGAACUUGAUUGCCAUUUGUUUAAAUAAUUUCUUGUUUGUUGUCCAAUUUCGGGGAGAAGUCAUUCAUGAACUUUAAGCUUAGGUUGCUCGCGUGCUGCAUCCAAAAAAUUGGGCAACAAAAAUUAUCUCUAAUUACAUCCAAUUUCAUGGUUUAAGCUCUCCUGCAUUAUCUGUGAUGUUUAUCUUGGGUUAAUUUCUUACGCUGGGAAUUACUUUAAUCAUAGCAUAAAUAGACUUGGUAUGCACCAUUAGGACUCAAAGUAUCAGAGCAAAAUUCAACAGAGGUAGGAGGCACAUUGCAUUGUGCAAUUUUACAGAUCAGGGUGAGAUGAAUGAUAGAGACCAACUGUCCGCUCAUUGCUUCAGGUAGCCGCAGGUGCUCCUCUUUGAUGUCGCAAACUUUCAGAUUUAGACGUACAUAUGCACCGUGGCAAUCUGAAGUUUCUAAUCCUGUGUGUUGGCAUCUUCCCUCUUCUUCUAACUGUUUAUAACAUUGGAAAAUGUAAUCUAACCCAAGAUGAGGACCCUGACUAUAGGAGGGAAGUGUCCUCGCACAUCGUCAAUGAGUUUGAUGCCUCCGUCGGGUUUCAGCCCAGGGUAGCACAGUCUUACAACCACGUGAAAGGCAACCGACCAGUCAAUUAUGAGGAAAUUGAGUGUGUAAUCAACGGGGACUAUUCCGUGGAAGGAAGAAAAGAAGGAAAUGAAGUUUAUAUGCCAUUCUCAUUCAUUCAGAAUUAUUUUGAGGUAUACGGCUCUAUAGAGACUUCAGAUGGGUACGAGAGGUUUUCCUUCCACCACAGUUACCAGGAUGAUUUCCCCACUGGUCCCCAGCCCAGGUACUCCCCCAGUGGAGUCUUCAUGUCCUUUGACCUUUACAGUGUAGAGGACAGGAACAGAGUGAAAUGUGUCAGUGGGAUAGAAGGUGUACCGAUCUCAACACAAUGGGAGCGCAAAGGACACUACUAUCCCAUACAAAUAGCCCAAUAUGGCCUUAGUCAUUACAGCAAGCAUUUGUCGCAGCCAAGAUCCAAAGUCAAAAUUCUGGAGGAUGGAGAGCAGACAGAGCUCUCUGAUUGGCUGCUUCCGGACCGAAAAUCCGAAAUCCGGAGCAGAAUGGACGACAAUACGGAUAAUGGAGUCGUGGAAUUCAAAACAGCAACCAAUUUGAAGAAUCCCGGAAUUACCAAAUCCGCAAAUGAAAAGAUCCUGCUGACUUUAUCCAUGGAUAUCAUGUUCAUUAAUAAUGGAAGUGUGACUGUUCUGUUACAGACAGGAGAUGGAAACUUGUUCCGUAUUCAUUACAUUCUUUCUGAUAAUAUCAUUAAAUUAGAGGGUAAAGACUUGUAUUAUGGAAUCGGGUCGAACAUGAAAAGGAAAUGGAUUCACCUAACAAGGCAGGUGAUGGUCGAUUUCCAAAAGGGAUUAACAUUGCAAUAUUCUAAAAACCGCAGCAUGAAGAUGAAAAGUGCAGCCCGCAUUGCAGCUAUAUGUGUUCGUGGUCACGGGAUUAUGGACAAUGUGAGUCUUAGCUUCCAUGCUCACAAAGACCUAUUUCUAGAUGCCGCAAACUAUUUUGUGCGUCAUCAAGAUUCCAAGGGUGGUUGGCCAGUGAAAGUGACACGUAAACUAAUUCCAGAGGUCAUGGAGCUUGAACCUGGCUGGUACUCGGCUAUGGGUCAAGGUCAAGCGAUAUCACUUCUUGUGCGUGCUUAUGUGGCCUCAAAAAACAAUACUUACUUAGAGGCGGCUGGAAAAGCGUUGGAUAUUUUUGAUAUUCCGAGCUCCAAAGGAGGAGUUUUAGCCAAAUUUUUAAAUUCUUUUGACUGGUAUGAAGAAUACCCUACUACGCCGAGUAGUUUCGUUCUCAAUGGAUUUAUAUACUCUUUAAUAGGUCUAUAUGACCUUAAACAAAUGGCAACUAGUCCAGUGAGUGAAAAAGCAGCAGAACUUUACAAUAACGGAAUGAGGACGUUAAAAGCAAUGCUUCCUAUGUUUGAUUCUGGAACAGGUACAUUCUAUGACUUACGACAUAUCACUGCGGGUCUAGCGCCGAACCGAGCCAGGUGGGACUAUCACAAAGUUCACAUAAAGCAGCUUUAUUUACUUGUUCAAUUAGACAGCGAUCCUUUGUUUAAAGACACGCUACAGAGAUGGAAAGGAUACAUGAAAGGAAACAUCGCACCACACAAUUAGGUCAACCGUGCAAUAUACCUCUUGUUAUAUUGUUGCUGUUUCGUUACAAAUUUUGAAGUUAUUGUAAUACAACCAUUUCAAGGUUCAGCAGACAAACUACAUGUUUAAAUUACACAUAUGUUGUAUUAAAUUGUUUUUUUUUAUAUUUUUCUAUUCAAUUUUCCCCUUUAUGUAUUUUAGUGCUUUGUCGCUAGUUUAAACUUUGAAUAUGCGACCGGGAAUUUUCCAAAUAAUGUUCAGUACUUUUAUUAAAGUAUUACACUAAACACACCAUUAUAUAAUAUACACAUUCUUUUCAGAUUGGUCUCAUUUCAAAGAAACGAAACUUGUUUUAUAGAACAAUAUUUGCAAAUUAUGAUCUCAUGUUGCAUUUAAACACAGAUUACUUCAGUACAUUAUAAGGCACGGCCAAGACAGAACAACUUUGUACCUUCAUAUAUCCUGUUAUUAUGUUAAUAACUGCAUUCUAUGGUGCUUUAGUUGCAUACAUUGUUUUCUUUUUGUUAUUAUGACAUUCCAGGGUUGUUGUAUGAGCACUCGUACAAUAUUUGUAAUUCAUUUGAUUGAAAUGGUGUUGACAUGUAUUUUUUAAGGCAAUGUAUAUGUUUUGAGUAUUUUUCAUAUAUAUUUUUAAUUUGUGAGAAUCGUUCCUGUUGUAUACAAGGAUGCUGCAAGAAUGGUCCGAGAAAAAUGUAUGAAAAUUGAAGAAUCGUACAUGUGUAUCAUUGAGUGUUCAUUUCUUAUCCUCAUUGUCAUAAUUGUUUCUCAAAAACUCGAAUAAAACAAUAAAAACUCUUGAUAA